UGAGCGCGAGCGUGAGUCGGGCUUCUGGAGUCUAGCGAACUGUUCCGAGCAAGAGAGAGCGAGUCAGAGAGAGGGCGGGAGAGUGAAGGAGUGAGUGCGAGGGGACCUAGAGGAGAGAGGGCGAGAAAGCGAGGGCCCGAGGACGUACGAUUGAGACUGAGUGACCAUGGCUGUCUCAGCACCUCCAGUGAUCUCUGCAACUUCCAGCGGCGCCGGCGUCCCGGGGGGCUUAUUUCGGGCCGAACCCCUCUACUCGACUCCGGGAGAGCCCCCUCGGCUCACUCCCAAUAUGAUCAACAGUUUCAUGGCCAAUAACCACAGCGGCAGCGCCGGGAGUGGCGGAGCGGGUAGUGGUAGCAGCGUCAGCGGCAACACCAGCACCAAUGAAUGCCGGAUGGUCGACAUGCACGGGGUGAAGGUGGCUUCGUUCCUGAUGGACGGCCAGGAGCUGAUCUGCCUGCCGCAAGUCUUUGAUCUCUUCCUCAAGCACCUGGUGGGAGGGUUGCAUACCGUCUACACCAAGUUGAAGAGACUGGACAUAUCCCCCGUGGUGUGUACUGUCGAGCAGGUCCGGAUCCUCCGCGGGCUGGGGGCCAUCCAGCCCGGGGUGAACCGCUGCAAACUUAUCACCAGGAAAGACUUCGAAACUUUGUUCACCGAUUGCACCAAUGCCAGUUCAAGGCCUGGCAGGCCCCCUAAGCGGUCUUUGGGAGUGUUGCAGGACAACGCCCGCCUCCUGCCCCAUGCAGUCCCAGGCCUCUUAUCACCAGGACUUAUCACUCCAACAGGCAUAACAGCUGCAGCAAUGGCUGAGGCGAUGAAGUUGCAGAAGAUGAAACUCAUGGCUAUGAACACUCUUCAGGGAAAUGGAAGCCAAAAUGGGACAGAAUCAGAACCUGAUGAUCUUAAUUCUAACACAGGUGGCAGUGAAUCCUCCUGGGAUAAGGAUAAGAUGCAGUCUCCUCUUGCUGCUCCUGCACCCCAACAUGGAAUUGCUCAUGCAGCCCUGGCUGGCCAGCCAGGACUUGGGGGUGCUCCCACCCUCAAUCCACUGCAGCAGAACCACCUGUUGACCAAUAGACUGGAUCUGCCAUUUAUGAUGAUGCCUCAUCCCCUACUUCCAGUCAGCUUACCUCCUGCAUCAGUUGCCAUGGCAAUGAAUCAGAUGAACCAUCUCAAUACUAUUGCCAACAUGGCUGCUGCAGCCCAGAUUCACAGUCCACUCUCCAGAGCUGGGGCCUCUGUUAUAAAGGAGAGAAUCCCUGAGAGUCCUUCUCCUGCUCCCUCUCUGGAAGAGAGUCAUCGCCCUGGGAGCCAGACCUCCUCCCACCCGAGCAGCAGUGUGUCCAGCUCCCCCUCUCAGAUGGAUCACCAUUCAGAGAGAAUGGAAGAGGUACCAGUUCAAAUUCCAAUGAUGAAGCCACCCUUGGACAAGAUCCAGCUGACUCCUGGGCAGGCAUUGCCUUCUGGAUUCCCUGGACCAUUCAUUUUUGCUGAUAGUCUGUCCUCCGUGGAGACUCUGUUGACCAACAUUCAGGGUCUACUGAAAGUGGCUUUGGAUAAUGCUCGCAUCCAGGAGAAGCAGAUUCUGCAAGAAAAGAAAGAGCUGAGAAUGGAGCUCUAUAGAGAAAGAGAAAUUAGAGAAAACCUUGAAAGACAACUUGCAGUUGAGCUUCAAAGUAGAACUGCCAUGCAAAAGCGCCUGAAGAAGGAGAAAAAAGCCAAGAGAAAAUUGCAGGAAGCCUUGGAAUUUGAAUCAAAGCGCCGAGAGCAAGUGGAGCAGGCACUUAAGCAAGCCACUACUAGUGACAGUGGCCUGAGGAUGUUGAAAGACACUGGAAUUCCAGAUAUUGAAAUAGAAAACAAUGGGACUCCUCAUGAUAGUGCUGCUAUGCAAGCCUGAACACUGAUGCCGGAACUCCAACUGAUCAUAGGCACGGAUGGAGAGGUAACUAUUACUGUUUAGCAAUGGCACAACAGUUUUAUUCGGCCUGAAAGGUCCUCGCUGGCUUUACAUAAAUGAAGAGGCUUGUGAUUCCAGUCUAUCUCUGAAACUAUUCAACAUGGAGUUAUUUCAAUUGUGUUUAUUAGCAAAGCUUUGUUUACUGAGGCAGCUAUCAAUCUAUAUUACAUUUAUUACAUUUAAAAAAAGAAAUGUGUGUGCAUUUUAAAAACAAUGAUGUAAACUUUGUCCUUGCAUUAGAUUGACCAGUUUAAGAGUAUGAGCUAAAUCUUAAUGGCUAAAGUAACUUUACCAUAAUUGAUGAUUUUCUAUGUUCAUUUCAGCUUGGCCUUUUGUCUUUUAAGGAAAAAAAAUGCAGUAGUGUGUUAGAGUCUAGAAACAUAUGUAUGGUUUCUCCGUUCUACCAUAUAUUAAGUUAAAGUACACCUUCUUUGUUAAAAUGUACUUGCUAAACUUCAGUAUAAAUAAAAGCAUUUUGACUUUG